GGCAGGGCGACCAAUGGGACGCGGGGAAGGGGGCGGGGCGCAGCGGCCGGGGAGACUCGGGCCGGCGCGGGCGCGCGGUGCCACUUGGAGCCGGGCGGCGCAGCGGAGCGUGAGCGGCUGCGGCGGGGCAGGUGUGGUGCUUAUGAAAGGAGACCAUGACUACUGAUGAGGCCACCAAAAAUGAAGGGGAGGUGCAGGCGGCGGCUCUUGCCGAGCGCGGGGAGGACAUCACGCCUGCUCAAGACCGCGGGGUCCUCAAGAUUAUUAAAAGGCCUGGGAAUGAGGAUGAGUCUCCCAUGAUUGGAGACAAGGUUUAUGUCCACUACAAAGGAAAACUGGCCAAUGGCAAAAAAUUCGACUCCAGCCGGGAUAGGAAUGAGCCGUUUGUCUUCAGCCUCGGCAAAGGCCAGGUAAUCAAGGCAUGGGACAUUGGGGUCGCUACCAUGAAGAAGGGAGAGAUCUGCUACUUGCUGUGCAAACCGGAGUACGCGUACGGCUCUGCUGGCAGCGCCCCCAAAAUCCCCUCCAACGCAACCCUCUUUUUUGAGGUUGAGUUGCUUGAUUUCAAAGGUGAGGACUUGUUUGAGGAUGGAGGGAUAAUCCGGAGAAUCAAGAGGAAGGGAGAAGGCUAUUCCAACCCCAACGAAGGCGCUACGGUAGAAAUUCACCUGGAGGGAUUCUGCGGGGGCACCAGGUUCGACUGCAAAGACGUGAAGUUUGUUGUUGGCGAAGGGGAGGACCACGACAUCCCCAUUGGAAUAGACAAAGCGCUGGAGAAGAUGCAGAGGGGAGAGCACUGCAUCCUCUACCUUGGGCCACGCUACGGCUUUGGCGAGGCAGGGAAGCCGAAAUACGGCAUCCAGGCGAACGCGGAGCUGGUGUACGAAGUUACGCUAAAAAGCUUUGAAAAGGCCAAAGAGUCGUGGGAGAUGGACACCAAAGAAAAGCUCGAGCAGGCUGCUAUUGUCAAGGAGAAAGGGACGAUGUACUUCAAGGAAGGCAAGUACUUGCAGGCAGUGAUCCAGUACGGAAAGAUUGUGUCGUGGUUAGAAAUGGAGUAUGGCUUAUCUGAGAAAGAGUCAAAAGCUUCAGAUUCCUUCUUGCUGGCUGCCUUCCUCAACCUGGCCAUGUGCUACCUGAAGCUGCGCGAGUACACCAAAGCUGUUGAGUGCUGCGAUAAGGCAUUAGGACUGGAUCAAGACAACGAGAAGGGUUUGUACAGGAGGGGCGAAGCCAGACUGUUAAUGAAUGAAUUUGAACUGGCAAAAUGCGACUUUCAAAAAGUUCUGGAAGUGAAUCCGCAGAACAAGGCUGCAAAGUCCCAGAUCUCCGUGUGCCAGAAGAAGACAAAGGAGCACAACGAGCGGGACAGGAGGAUAUACGCCAACAUGUUCAAGAAGUUUGCAGAGAGAGAUGCAAAGGAAGCGGCUAGCAAAAUUGGGAUAGAGAAGGAGGCAGAGAAGGCUGCUUGCGAAAAGAGGCUCAAAACUCCGGAGUCGGAAGGCCGAGAGUCUGAAGGCCACGUAUGAUGGAGGAGAGGGCGGAAGGGAGACCCUCCUGCCUCGGCCCGCACCGAAACAGGUUUCUGCCAGAACUCAGGACUCGCCAGUGUUUUAUUGUAAAGCUUGUUACAGUUUGUGUGAUUGUGGAAGCAAAAAUGCCUCACAAAGUUUAAAAAAAAAAAAAAAACAAACCCAGUCCUGCUGCUGCGGGUGCGCUUAGCAGCAGAGCGUGAGCAGAGGGACAGUGUGGGACCACACCAAGUGGAACAAAGAGCUUUUAAAGGCUUUUUUUUGUUUUUUUUUUUUUUGUUUUUUUGUUUUUCUUUUAAACUCUUGGCUUUCGGGAGGUUUACCUAGACAGCUUAUUCCAACUCAUUUGACUUCAUGUCAACUGUCCGUGCGGUGUCCUGGGUCCUCUGAAAUGAGUUAGGACGUGGGAGCUGUCUGUUGCACAAUUCAGUAUUGCGUUCGGUUGUACUGUUGUAGCACCGCACUGGCCUGGGAUCCAAAAAAAUUGCGACUGACGUGCUGCCGACUCCAGGUAUCGCGCUGUAUCCGAGAGAACAAAGUGCAGAGGGGUGCGACGGGGUCUCGGGGCCCAGCAGUGUUACGGGCUCUACGCCAGAAGCAGAGAAGCCUAUUUCUCUUCUACCUUCUUCCUCCUCUUCCUCCAGUGCCGACCGUAAGCGGUUUUCUGCAGCAUGGGCUGGCUUCUCGGGGAACCGACCACCUUGGAUCGCGCUGCGGAUUGCCAGCGGACGCUUCCCGAGUGUUUUCUGUAGCGGUGGCUUUGGGGGGAGGCUCGGAUUUCUCUCCUGGUGGUUUCUUGCGUGUCUCUGAAGGUGUUGCAAUGUGAAGCUAGUACUGAGAAUUAAAACAUACUGCAUUUCAGCAAUUUUCCUGCUUCCUUUUAGGAAAUUGUUACAAUGGUUCCCACUAGUGCUGCUACAGAUACCUUUCUCGUCACUUCCAUUGUAACCCCUCUGUUUAGGGAUUUAUAAUUUGGCUUUAAAGUAGUUUCGUUGGGGGGGGAUUUAUUUUAAGUUUUCGAGAGGCCGCGUUGUGUUUUUUAUCUUGUUGGAGCGCGUAACUGCUUUCCAACGCUGCUGCUUUCAGGCACUUAAUUUACAGCCUGCGCACUAUCAAUUAGUCCAAAUUUUUUAAAUUGGAGUUUUAUAGCUUGUUAGGGGUCGAUACACACACACACACAAAACAAAUAAGCAGGUUGAAAUAUUGUGGUUCAGGAACUCUCUGGUCUCUUGCUACACUGGUGCCGUGGAUUUAUGGUUGGCCGGUGGCGCGGGGCCGCGUUCGUGCGGCGAGACGCGAGGCUCGGACGUGGCAGGGGACAACCGACCCGACCGGGGGAGCCUUCCCCUCGCUGUUACUGCUGAAACCUCGUACGUCGUCUGCCUUCAACCUUAAGGGACACUGUCACUACCUUUUAAGAACAGCUUUGGGUUUUUUUUUUUAUUUUUAUUGUCUGUUCUUUGUAAUACCCCUUUUGAAGCUUGAAAAUAAACAACUUAAAGUGC